UUUUGUUUAUUCUUGAACACUCUACGUAAUAUUUUCAUAUUAUUAUCCGUUAUUCCAAUUUAUUUGCUAUUAAUAAAAUCAUUGAACGUAAAUAAGAAAUAAAUUUGAUAACGAGGUCAACAAUGCCAAACUAAACUGUUCUUAAAUUUAUGUUAUUAAAAUAUUAAACACCGUAGUGACAUUAAUCCGUGAAAACCGAAUCGUUCUAAAUUCACAUCGUUUGAAGAUGGUUUUUCUUGAUAAAAAUGCAUAUUAUGACAGGGAAAAGUAUGUUUCUCUCUUACGUAGAGAACCAACUCGAGUUUACCUCCAGCCAGAUGUAGUCGCUUCUUCGGGGUCUAUGAUAGUAGUGUCCAACCGACUACCAUUUGUGCUUCAGAGAGAUAAGGAUGGAAAAUUGAUAAGAAAAGCGAGUGCUGGAGGUUUGGUGACUGCAGUAGCUCCAAUAGUUAUUAACGGUGGAGGACUAUGGGUAGGUUGGCCAGGUAUACAUUUGGAAGAUCCAAAUGAACCAAUUCCCGAAUCUGAUCCUAAUGAUAUUACACCAACGGCAGGACUAAAAUCCGAAAAAGUGGUAGCAGUUUAUAUGGAUCCUGCAGUAUUUGAUUCGUAUUAUAAUGGAUGUUGCAACGCCACAUUUUGGCCCUUAUUCCAUUCAAUGCCUGAUAGGGCUUCAUUUAAGGCUGAACAUUGGAGAUCUUAUUUAAUAGCUAAUCAAAAAUUCGCAGACUGUACAUUGAAAGCUUUGAAAUCAUUACCAAAAAAUAGUACAGAAGUGCCAUUAAUAUGGAUCCAUGACUAUCAUCUCAUGUUAGCAGCUAAUUGGAUAAGACAGGCAGCAGAUGAAGAGGAGAUCAAAGUAAAAUUGGGCUUUUUCCUACACAUCCCCUUCCCUCCAUGGGAUAUAUAUCGGCUGUUUCCAUGGGCGGACGAAAUCCUACAAGGGAUGCUUGGCUGUGAUCUCGUUGGUUUCCACAUAACCGACUACUGCUUAAACUUCGUAGAUUGUUGUCAAAGAAGUUUGGGAUGUCGUGUUGAUAGAAAAAAUCUGUUAGUUGAACAUGGUGGAAGAACAGUUCGUGUACGUCCUUUACCGAUUGGAAUUCCAUUCGAAAGAUUCGUUGAAUUGGCAGAAAAAGCGCCCAGAGUUAUUUCAACCAAUCAAAAAAUCAUUCUUGGAGUUGAUAGAUUGGAUUAUACUAAGGGACUUGUCCAUAGAUUGAAAGCUUUCGAGAAAUUGUUGGAAAAUCAUCCGGAACACAAAGAGAAAGUUUCAAUGCUACAAAUAUCUGUUCCCUCAAGAACUGACGUUAAGGAAUAUCAAGACCUUAAAGAGGAAAUGGAUCAACUAGUGGGAAGGAUAAACGGAAAAUUCACUACUCCUAAUUGGUCGCCUAUAAGAUACAUUUAUGGUUGCGUAAGUCAAGAUGAACUAGCUGCUUUCUACCGGGACGCGGCUGUAGGUUUAGUAACUCCAUUGAGAGAUGGAAUGAACCUUGUAGCCAAAGAAUUCGUAGCUUGCCAGAUUAAUAUACCACCGGGAGUUCUUAUUGUUUCUCCUUUUGCUGGAGCUGGUGAGACCAUGCACGAAGCGCUUAUCUCCAAUCCUUAUGAAAUAGAUCAAGCUUCAGAAGCUAUUCAUAGAGCAUUAACUAUGCCAGAAGAUGAGAGGAUACUACGAAUGAAUUAUUUGAGGAGGAGGGAGAAACUCAAUGACGUCAAUUAUUGGACAAAAUCUUUCCUUUCAGCUAUGGGCUCUCUCCUUACUCAAGAAGACCAUGACGAUAUUGGUUCAACCAAUAUGCCUGCAGUAACUUUAGACGAUUUUGAUGAGUAUUUGUCAAAAUACAUAGGAAAUACACAUAAGUUAGCGUUACUGCUAGAUUAUGAUGGUACUCUAGCACCAAUAGCUCCUCAUCCUGAUCUGGCCAUAAUUCCUGCGGAAACCAAAAAUGUGUUACAAAGAUUAUCGAAUGUCUCAGACUGUUAUAUCGCAAUUGUUAGUGGAAGGAAUGUCAACAAUGUGAAGGAUAUGGUUGGGAUUGAAGGAAUCACUUAUGCCGGUAACCACGGCUUGGAAAUUCUCCAUCCUGAUGGAACCAAAUUUGUUCACCCCAUGCCAACUGAAUUCCACGAUAAAGUUGGAAACUUGAUGCGACAACUACAGGAAAAAGUUUGUAGGGAUGGAGCUUGGGUUGAGAAUAAAGGAGCUCUUCUGACUUUUCAUUUCAGGGAAACUCCGGUUCAAUUGAGGCCAGCUUUGGAGAAACAGGCAAUAGAAUUAAUAUCAGAAGCUGGGUUCAAUGCUGAUAUAGCACAUUGUGCUGUAGAAGCAAGGCCACCAGUAGAAUGGAAUAAAGGAAGGGCGUCGAUUUAUAUCUUGAGAACUGCUUUUGGUGUUGAUUGGAGUGAAAGAAUUAGAAUUAUUUAUGUUGGUGAUGAUCAAACAGAUGAAGACGCGAUGCAGGCUCUUAAAGGAAUGGCUGCUACAUUUAGAGUAACUACAUCUUUAAUAACUAAAACAUCUGCUGAACGUCGACUUCCAUCUACAGACGCCGUAUUAACUAUGUUGAAAUGGGUUGAAAGACAUUUAGGAAGAAGAAAACCCAGCUUGGAUUCAGUUUAUGUGAGAAGGAACUCGGCACAGAUUCAACAUACAAUUGAAAUGGAGAUGAAAGUCGAUCCAAAAUUAUCUAACGCAACAAAUUCGAAGUAAAAUUAGCCAAAUUUUUGUGAUGUCUAUGUAAAUAUAAAACCGAGUGAUGAGUAUAUGUUGUGACGUCGUUUAUUAUUUUUUUGUUUUCAAUUUGUCUUAUCAAAAAAUGAAAAGGUUUAAAUGAAGUAAAUAUCAAAAAAAAAGAGACUGAAAGGGUUGAAAAAAAUAGUCUAUAAGUAUAGACGUAUUUAAAAAAGGAAUCUAUUUUUCGACGACAUAUUCAAAAAAUUUGUAUAUGCCUAAAUAUAAAUUUAAAUCUGAGAGAUAUGGAAAAUGUAAUGAUGCAAAAAAUGCAUCGCGAAACUGAAAUUUAUUGAAAUAGUUAUAUAUAAAACGGGCUAAUUUCACUUUAAGGCAUAUGACAGAAUUACCAUAUUCUCAAACAAUCAUAUUAUGUGCUAAAAACAUAUAGGAAUUUGUAUGAUUUUACAUUGCACAAAAUUGCUUAUUUCUAGAUAUUUAGAAACAUAAUUGUCAUAUUUAGAGAUGUCUGGGUUUGAUUUUAUGUGUGGAAAGAUCGGUGUUUAUAAGUUGUACCCAUUACCAGAAUUCAAAACAACCAUAUUAUAUUGAUCUGGUAAUUAGAUAUUGACCAUAAACCAUAUAGACUGAGUUUUACUUGUACUGUUAGAGGAGUACUCGAUUUCUCAUGAAAUUAUCAAUAUACCAGAUCAUAAUUUUUUCUGGGAAACCCAGUACGUGACUAAUUACUUUAAAAGGAAAUAACGUGGUCCACUAAUGGACAUAAUCACAAAUUUUAUUUUUGUAAUUGAAUAUUGCACAGUUUUAUAUAUUUUUAGAUGAAAAUCAAAAUACCACUUUGUCGGUAAGAGAUUUUAUCACAUUUUAUAUUGUUUCUGAUUUUAAUUUGAUUAUUUAGUUAAUAUAGAUAUAUUUAUUUCAUUUAUUGUUUGAAUUUAACUUAGUCUAUGAAUAAAUAUUCUGUAUCAGAAGGUA